UGGCGUUCGAGAUCCCCCAUAUAAUCUUUGUUGAUAAAGGAUAAAACGAUAUAAUAACUGCUUUAUUUCGCCAAGAACAUCUGCAAGCGGUGACUAAAUUAUUCUCGUAAUCCCGUCAUUAGUGCUUGAAACAAAAAACGUAAUUUAAAUCUUCUCGUUUUUCAACAUUAUCAGAAGUUGAUAUCGCAAGGCAAAGAAUUUUAGGAUUUUGGAAUGGCUAAAAGAAGGAGCAUGAACAGAAGAUGGUCCAAGAGAUCUGGAAAUAAUUCAGCAUUGCUGAAUGAUGACACGAAUGUUCUCGAAGACGAAGAUGACUACUGGCGCUACCUCAACCAAACCAACUCUCGUCCUCCUUCAGGAGUAAACAUUACAGCCGCUACAGCAGUGCUCGAUCCAGAUUCAAACAUAAUAGAUUCCAAUGUCUCACCCACACAAUGGGAUUACCUCGAAAAGUCCACUGACAAUAUACCCCAGCGAUUCCCCAAAAAUUCAUCGAAACCGUCCGAGAAAGGAGGUUCUAGUAGCGAAAAUUCCCUCGAAGAUCCCUCAGAUUUAGAAGCCUCAACGAAAGUACGAAAGAAACGACCCUUCCUGGGACCGCCAAGGAAACCAAAAUCAAAAAACAUUUUUUCUAUGAGCUCCUCGCCGUCCACAGUAGAACUGAAUGCCCAUUCACCAUCCCGUGACGCCGCGUCUCCCCAAAAUUCUCCAGAUCAAUCGCCAUCUCGAGUUUCGAUUUUUCGGAUACCUCCCCAGGAUUCAAUGAACAGUCCAGAAUCUGGAAAAGUCAAGAAAAGACGCCCUCAGUUAAGGAGACAAACUCUGAAGCGAGUGGACCACAGCAUAGCCACAUCAGACAAUUUUAUUUUCCUACCUUCUCAAAAAUCCAGAAGAAGCAUCAUCAGACCUCGAUCCACCUUCUUCAACAGAUCUCCAGGGAGGAUAGAACCUAAAUCAACCUGCGCGAUGGAAAGUAAUUCUCAGGAAGGCAGUGCUAGCGAUACUGACUCUAAUGAACUCAUUUUUCAACCCCGAAAGAUAUUUGGGCAUGUAAAGAGUUUCAAAGUAUCGGAGAAUUCCUUUGCUGCCAUUCUCGAUGACCCUGAAGAACAAAAUCAAACUGUUGAAGUUUCCUCAAAGGAGAACAAUAAAAGCCAGCGUAGGAAUAAUGAUUCCGGCAAUGUGGCGUUGCAGAUAACUCCAAUGAACACUGAAGAGCGGUCGAAAGUAAUGAAUCAAUUCAACAACUCUAAAAAGCAUUCAGGAGAAAUAGAUGAAGUCUCAGAAUUUAGUAUUUCAGAAGAGUUGAAAGUUAAUAGGUCGAAAUUAGCUUCAGAGCAAUCUAAAAGAAUUAAACGAAUCCGCUAUGUUGUUGACGAUGAGGAGAAAUCUUCUGGUGAUUACCAGAGCUUUGAAGAUCCAGAACUAAAUAUUAAUACCGGUCAAAAGACAGUAAUUAGUAUCCUCGAAGAUAACCAGAAGGUUUCCAGAGGAUCCAAUAAUAAAAAAGUUCCUGAAAAUACAAACAAUACGAGAGAUGGUCUAGGGAAAAAGAGUUCCGUUGAAGUUCAAAAUAUAAAUGACUCCAAGACAUUCAGGCGAUCCGGAGUAUGUCAUAUUCCGUCUGAUAAACGUUUGGUCCAUCAGUCAUUUAUUUUAGGAGAACCAGGAGACCCUGAACAGGUGGAAACGUUUUCAAUUAAUCCGAGUAGAUCUAUGUGCUCUUUUAAGGCUCGAUCCGCUUGCUUAGAACGUUCCUCAUCUCCUAUAAUUUCUGCGGUAAUGUCUCAAGAUGUGAAACAACAUGAACGAACUCAAGAAUCCAUGAGAACAGAUGAAAGAGAUGAUAAUCGAACAUUUUCAUGUAAAAAUUUGAGUAUCACCAAAACUUCCUGCAAUGAAGUUUCAUUAGAUUGCACGAAAAAAGAAACCAUUAACAAAAACGAAACUCAAAUGGACCGUUCAGCCGCAUUUAGAUAUCCUCAAUUAAAAGAACAUGAUGAUCGGAAGGAAAUCAAUUCGGAUGGAGAAAUUAAUUUCGAAACUGAGGAGAAUAAUUCAAGAAAUCAUAGAGAUCUUGUAUCAAAUUCUGAGAAAGCAGAAAUUAGCAAUGAGAUUCAAAAUAGAAUAAAUUGCCCUGUUACCAAUCGACAAUGUCGAUCAAAAGGACAGAACGAGCAACAAAAAACCCAUUCUGUUAUUGAACUAGAUAUGGAAACAGUCGUUGAAAACGAAUCAAUCUCCUCUCAGAAUAAAUUUGAUGUCUCAGGAUGGGAAAUCCAUUCUCUGUUGAUAGACAGCAUCAAUUCUAUCACUGUAAAUGAAAAAAGACUUAGAGAAUCUAAUAAAAAUAUGACUGGCAUUACUAAGCGUACUUCACAGCCUGAUAACUGCAUUCAUUCUGGUCGAAAAUCCCCCAAAAUUUUCGUCCAGUACCCCGAGAGAUCUCUGAAUAACCCUAAAUAUGUUCAAAGUCCGAAUCAAAGAGAAGUAAAAAAAUCCAGUAGUAACAAGAAUUGCGACACAUCACAUCCUCCUACUCUCAGCCCGUUAAAAUCCUUCUCGGAACUUUCUGCAAGUAAACGACGACUGUUGAAAGAGUCUGAGAAUGCUGAAAUAGUACAAGAGGAUAAAAUCCAGCAACGCCCAGGUCCCAAAUCCUUUAAGGAAUCGCAAAGGUCGUUUUUAUCGAACUCAAAAUUUUUCAACACCUCAAAAACAUCGGCAGAAACACGUGACCCUAUUCAGGAACCAGAAUUAACGUAUAAUGAGAUAGAAAGUCUCAAAACAACCGAUCCUUCUCUUUAUCAACUCCCCCCCCAGCAGAGAAGUUCUUCAAUCAGUAUAUCAGAGUCCGAGCGCGAGGGUGCAAUGGUUUCGCCAGCUGCAGCUUCUAGAAGACUAGCAAAACCGAUGAAACCUUCUAUUGUUGCCAACGAAACUCAGAUGAACAGAAUAAAAUAUAAACGGCGAGAAAUAGAAUCCGAUGACGAGGAGCAUCAACCUCCAUCUAAGAAGCUUCUGUCUGCAUCUCCAAGGUUAUCAGUGCCUUCAAGGCAUCCAAUACCUUCUCAAUUUAUUGGUGUUCAUGCACAAGAAGACGAGAAUACUGUGCCAAUGAAUAUUCAAAUGGAACCAACACCUUCAACGUCAACCAGAGUUCAAAAGAACGGUGGAAGCAUUUCUGCAGCUAAUCCACUAGUGAAGCAGAUGAAGAAUUCUAGACAUUUAAAGAAUGAUGCCCUGUUGAAACAUAAUAACCAUCAAGUUCUUCAAAAAUCCGUAACUGUAAGUGCUCCUUUCAAUCCGGAGGAAUUUAAGAGAAAGCUGAAAGAAAGUAAACAAGUUCUGGAGAGGAUGAGAUCUAGGGAAGAAGAGGUUGAUUGUAAGAGAACUGAGAAGAAAAAGGAGAAUGUAAACAAGGUGGCGACGGGUUUUAAGGAGUUGAAGAAGCAAAAAAAGCCAGAGAAACUUCUGGAUAAAGCUUACAUUGUUAAUGGCAAAAUCUAUAAGAGACCAAAUCUCCCUAGACCUAAGCACUGGGCUACCAACAAUCUGUAUAAAUUCCUCUGGAAGAAGAUGGAACCCAAGUUUGGGGAGCAAUACAGAGUUAAGUCCGAGAAGUUCGUUGUGGAACUCGAUGAAGUCAUGACUGUUAUUAUGAGGAGGAGGAAAUACGAAAGCUAUAAGGGGGAACUAGCCGGCUUGUUGAGAAAAAUGGCUGAAUUCGGAAUAAUUGAAUCCAGACACGAUUUCUAUGGCUUCUGUUUCGAUUUCUUACCUUUCGAAUUUAGGAUCAAAGUAGUGCCUAUGUUGCAAGCUGGCAAUACUCAUAAUAUUCCCUUUGAGCCUGAGAAGCUGAUGGAGCCCAUUCUGGGGUAGAACUAAUUAAAGUUUAUAAAAUUUACUUGAUUUUUUUUCUACUUCAUCUGGUUAAAUUGAGCGUAUCUGAUAAAUAUAAUUAUAUGGAAUAUUUUCCUUCAUUCAGAUGUAAAAGCCAGUUACUGGAUAAUUGAUAAUAAACAGAAUAACAUGAUGA